GCGGGGCUAAUUAAAAAUCAAUAAUGGCGUCACCUGGUCAGCAAUCUGGAGAAAGGAGACAAGAAAAGAUGGAGGUCCAUCAAAUACAAACAGAAAAGAAGCCCCAGGAGACACAAAAGCCUCAAAACAGCCAAACACUGGAUAACCAGAGGCUGGGGGUUGAGGAGAAGAGUAUCCCGGGGACAUCAGAAAUGAUUCUAGUUAGAUCAAGCAACUCGCCAAAACCCAGCACUGGCACUUCAGAUAAACGAGUGUACACGAUAAAGCACAGGAGCAUGUCAGUCAAGUUUGAGUGUGACUCUCGCUACACUCCAUUGGAGAGCAUUGGUACAGGAGCCUAUGGAGUAGUCUGUGCUGCCAAAGACAACAGAACCGGUCGCAAGGUAGCCAUCAAAAAGAUACCAAGAGCCUUUGAUGAAGUAGUGACCGCUAAAAGGACUUACCGUGAGCUCAAGAUCUUGCGCCAUUUGAGGCACGAAAACGUGAUAUCAAUACUUGAUGUUAUGGAACCGCCGGAGAAUGAAAGCAGUCUUCAAGACGUGUACGUGAUACUAGACCUCAUGGAGACGGACUUGCAUCACAUCAUCCACUCGGUCCAGCCUCUUAGUGACGACCACAUUAAAUACUUUUUGUACCAAAUAGGACGAGGAUUGAAGUACAUUCAUUCCGCUAAUAUAAUCCACCGAGACCUGAAACCCAGUAACCUUCUCAUCAAUAGAAACUGCGAGUUGAAGAUUGGGGAUUUUGGAAUGGCCCGGGGACUCUCCUCUACUCCAGAGGAUCAUGCCCUCUUUUUAACGGAAUACGUAGCUACCAGGUGGUACAGGGCUCCGGAACUAAUGCUCUCCUUUAGUCAGUACGAUAUAUCACUGGACAUGUGGUCUGUUGGGUGUAUAUUUGCUGAGAUGCUGGGUAGACGACAGAUAUUCCCUGGGAAGAACUACGUGAACCAGUUGCAGCUGGUUCUUAGUGUAGUGGGUACUCCGUCUGAUGAGUAUAUUAAUAAUAUCGGGUCUGAACGUGUCAAGACUUAUCUUAAGUCUCUUCCAAAGAAGCAACCUGUGGAUUUAUUUGUUCUGUUUCCAAAAGCUAAUAAAGUAGCGCUGGAAUUAUUGGAGAAGUUGUUGCAGCUGGACCCAAGAAAGAGGUACAUUGCUAUUGAGAUAUUGGGACAUCCUUACCUCUCCCUGUAUCACGAUAUAACUGAUGAACCUAUUUGUACCCCUCCCUUUGACUUCACCUUUGAAAAGACUCUAGACACAAAAGAGUUAUUAAGAUCAGCUGUGGUCGAUGAGUUGAAAGAGUAUCACAAGUGUCGUAUUCCUAUUCCACCGACCAAUCAGGUUAGAGACGCUCUGAAGAAGAUGAUGGAGGAGAGAGAACAGAAAUCAAGUGAAGGAGGAGAGCCAGAGAAGAGAGAGCAGAAAGAAGUGGCAGCUGUCAAGAAGAAAAGGUUGGAUGAAAGAAAGAGACGAACUCCUGAUCAUCAGAUCCAUGGACCAGAGAAACCAAAAAAGAAACAAAAAGUGUAUUCUCCUUUAACGGACAGUGACCGUACGGCACUAGAGCACUGGAACAAACUAGCGGUGGCUGUUUCUAACACGACUAAAAAGAAAGGACAGGAGACAGAGGAAAUACUCUCACUACAGCAGCAACAAGAACUACUGAUAAAGCAACAAGCUGAACAACUUGAGAAGCAACAGAAACAAAUGGUGGAGCAGCAGCGACGGAUACAGCAACAGUCAGAGCAGAUUAGGCAGUUGGUACAUCAUCAAAAGGUUUUGAUACGCGAGUGCAAGGCAGCUGGAAUUAAAAUACCUCUUAGUACUCCAAACCCGAGCCCACUCUCUCAAGCAGGUCUAGUUUCUUCUCCUUUGACUAAUGCAAGUAUAACAACUGUGAAACUCACACCUCCUGUUCAGGCACACCCACUACCUAUAGUGAAGCCACACCCAUUUCCUGUUCAACCACACCCACCUCCAUUUGACCCAGGGUCUUUGAUCAGGACUGACGUACCAGUAUCUCCUGUUAAUAACUCAACAACAUCAAACUCUCAAUCAUCAUCAGUUCCUCCUGCAACAGCCACCCACGCAAUUAAUUAUCAAAAUCAGCCACCAGUAGUAGCUCCACCUCCAACAGUAGCUCCACCCACUGCAAUAGCUCCGCCCACUUCCUCCAUCACUUAUCCCCUACCUGUCCCAUCUUAUUCCACGAUGCUCCCAACUGAUAGCUACCCACCUCACGGACCUCCUCUCCCUCUUCCUCAAUCUCCCCCAGACUUUAUGUCCUCUUAUAUUCCAGUACUGCCAGCCCAGCCUUCAGUACCUCCUGAUCGCUCUGUCCCUUACUGUGGACCUCCGGCUGAGUUCUUCUCUCCUCUUACAUCUAAAGAACUUGUUGAAUUGACAUCGCAGGAAAUGAGAAAACUCUCUCCUUAUAUCCCACAGUCCAUUGAUUCUUUUGUCCCUCCGCUACAAGAGGACCUGGAGAAGAUGUUUAAUGUUCCCCCAGGGGGCACUUUUGGUGGGGGCUAUGGGGUUGGUAUUUCUGAUGAUGAACUAACUAUAAUGGUACCAGAUAAUAAAAUUGAGGGUCCUCCUUCAGCUAGUUUACUGCAGGAAUGGCUACAGGAUAUUGAUGAUAUUGAUUCUCAAGGACUUCAGGCACUCCAGCAAGAAAUGGAGUUUGGAGCUUCUGAAAUGUUCUUCAGGGAACUUGAGAAAUUAUAGCAAGAGGGAGGAGUUAAUGUUGGUUAAUUAUUUAUCACUGCAAGACAUGUGUAUUUAAUCCAUUUUUGAUUUUUAUACAUUUUAAAUGAUUAAUUAUUAACAAAAAA